AUGUUACGGAAAACAAAUAUAAUUGUCGAUGGAGCGGUGAGCCCAGCAUGUGUGGUGCGGGGCGGCCUGCUGCCCCGACUGUGGGCUGAGGGCCGGACUGUCAGCACGCUUCUCUACCACCACAACCACAGCGCAACCAUCUUCAACCACAUUAACUUCGUCCUCGUCUACACCAACGUCACCAAGGACGUUCUGAACAAGGCGAGUGACAGCGGGAAGCUGGAGAGGACACAGUGGCUGGUGCUUCUGGAGAAGGAGGAUCAGUUGGCUACCCUCCAUGACCACGUCAACGCCCUCGAUCUCUUCAUUGACUCAACUCUCCUCCUGGCUACCUUCAGGCCUUGCCAGGCUCAGUACUUACAGAGCGUGUACAGGGUGGGGCCCAAGAGCCGAGUCCUGGUGGAAGGAGGCGGGGAGUGGAGCCCCACAGAUGGCUACGUCGGCGUCGCAGCUGGUAACAAAUACGACAGACGCCGCAACUUCCAGGGCUAUCCGAUCGUCGGCGUCGGGGUCAAGGUAUUCGACCUGUACACCACCUACCUGCCCAACGGUCGCCUCUCAGGAUACAUUGGAGACAUCCUCAACGUUCUCAAGAUGGCUCACAACUUCUCGUUGAGCUACAGUAUCCUGAAGGGCUACGCCUACGGGAGUUUAGUGAAUGGGUCGAGCAACAAGUGGACGGGGAUGGUCGGGGAGCUGCAGCAGGGCCGAGCAGACCUCACCGUCUCAGAGCUCUCCAUAACAAAGGAGCGUAAUGAUGUCGUCACCUACACCCAACCCGUCUUUGUCGUUAGCCGCAGACUGUACGUGUCGACCCCACAGGACUUCAGGAAGAAGCUGCUGGCCUACGUAGACCCGAUGGACAAAGUUGUGUAUGUGUGUGUGUUCGUUGCUAUGUCCGUCAUGGCCUUGGGCCUGAAUUUCGUCGAGCGUCUUCGUCUGUAUUUCCUUCCAUCGGAAGAGGAGCCGGUGAGCCUGUCGGUGGCCGCGUGGAGCAUGGUGUCGGCCCUCCUGCAGCAAGGCUACGACCCAACACCAUCCAGCACAGCGGCACGCAUCAUCUUCUGGGUUGGGUUCGUGGUGUCGCUGAUCGUGUACACAGCGUACUCAGCCACGUUGAUGGCCCACCUGGCCGUCGAGAAGCCUGCUCCCCUUCCGUUCUCUAACCUCCGUCAGUUGUCACGCCAGACGCGCUGGGAUGCCGGCCCCAACAACAACGAUCUCUUCCAAGUUACAGCUUCACAAACAUGUGUGGGGUCGCAGACGGAGGAGUGCCGUGUGAUGCAGGACGUGUGGAACAAGGUGGUACUUCGCAGUCCUGGCAACAUCGUCAACUCCUACAACGAAGGACUUCAGAAGGUCCUCAAAGGUAAAUAUGUCUUCAUUGGCGUCGAUGUCAACACCAACUAUUACAUUCGGAACCUGCCGUCCAAAGACGCGUGUCGGGUCAAGGAGCUGCCUGGGCAGUACAUCACUGGAGGCAUCGCUAUCGGUCUCCAGAAGAGAUCUCCCUUCAGGGGCGUCUUCGACUACAGCCUGCAGAGGAUGAAGGAGAUAGGUGUGAUGAAACGCCUGGUGGCGACCUGGCUGAAGGUGGGGCGCUCCUGCAGCCUCCAGACCACCGUCAACGCCAGCCUCACAGACCUCGCCGCGGUCUUCAUCCUUCUGUUCAUGGGAAUAUCCGCCAGCCUACUGGUCCUUGGGGGAGAAAUCGUGGUUUCCCGGUCCAAGAAAAGGCAGCCAGCGCACGAUGACACAUGAAGAGGAAUAACCCUUAACCCCUCAGAGUCGACGCCAACAUUAAUACAAGUCGAAUUAAUAAUUAUAGUUCAGUACUACUGAAUAUACUUGUUAAUGUCCAACCUACUAGUCUGUCGUUGUUUGUUCGUGCCUAAAGGCCAUUUAUUGCAACAAAUAACUCUUAAUACACAUUUCAACAGACAAGGCUCCGUUUGUUUGGGCUAGGCUUAAGUUGUGUUUAAGCUGCGUUUGAAAUGCAUCUAGAGACUCUAGACUGUGCUUUAAAUAUUAUUGAACUUACUUAACAUUAGACAAAAUCAGAUUUGCCCUACUUAAAUGUGGUUGGAUGUUUAUUUGUGAAACACUAUAAACAUAUACUAAAUUCCAUGAUCAGAGUCAUCCCAACAAAAAAAAACUGGAUUUUUUUAAGAAUUGCAGAAUAUUUUCAGCUGAAAAUACUGAACACUAUGAGGCAUCUACACAUCGAUGUUUAAGCCAGCCAUUCGCAGUCACCAGCUCUCACAUCUGGUGACUCAAUGUUUACUUGUACUAAUCAUUCAGCCUUUACAAACAACUCUUAUUCGGACCACUGAAGGAAAUGAAUAGAGUCUGAACCCGUGCGAGGUCUGAACCCGUGCAAGGUCUGAAACCGUUCAAGACCUGAAAACGCACAAGACUUGAAGCGGUAAUUAACACGGAUCUACUCUCUAACAACUCAUGUUGCUGUGUUUUGUGACACAUCACAAACAGCUUCACAGAAAAGCUUCAUCCUGGGCAACACAACUGACUCUGUAAUAUUAGUACAUAAUAACAACACUACAUCAUUAACACCUUUCAACUGCUGUAACUAACGCUGGAAAGUUACAGUGAACUCCUUCUCUCAACUUUAUCAUUCCUUGCAACGUAUGUAUUUGAUAACUUAUAUUGAUUUGUGAUUUGCAAUCAAGACUUAAGUGUUGUACAAGUUUGUAAUGUGUUAAUAAAUGUAUACAUGGCAAAAUAUUUG